AGUUAAAUUAAGAUGAAAUUAAGGUGGGGGAAAAAAUUGGCGUCCAAAAUGACCGAUUUCCGAUUGUUAUGAAAACUUGAAAUCGACCCUAAUUAAUCGGCCAUUCCGAUUAAUUGGUCGACCUCUAGUUGUAAGAGUAAGUUUUAAUUUAGUACAAGACAAGAUCGGGUUUGGCCAGACCCUAACAUCUCUUUGCACAGGCAAAUGGUUAGGCAUUCUCCCAGCCAAUGGGAGUGGCACACCUCUGCAGAAGUAUACGUUGGCUUGGCUGGCAUCUGAACUGAGCAAAAUCAUGAUAAAGUGUUUUCAUGAUAAACCUUUUUCCACAGAAUCCUCAAUACUUGUACCUGGCACCCCACUAGGGAAAGGGGCCAAGAGUCAGAGCUGUGUCAGUAGAGCCUUUGUUAUGUGUGUGCCCAUGUCAGUCUAUAGAACCCCCAGCAAUGCAAAGCUCUGCGCUCAUCAAGAAUGGCCUCCCUGCGCCUCUUGAGGGACGUGAGUGUUUGUGUGACUGCCAUGGCAGAUCUUGAUUUAAGGGUAGGCUGUGCUGAGUUAAAUUACGUGGACUCCAUUGUUUUAGGCCAGGUUGUAAAACCAUGCCAUUGACAAUGAAGGAGAAAAAAAAUGUUUAGAUUAAUUUGGUUUAUUUAAGAGUGACUAGGUCUAUAUGUGGUCCCUCUCUGGCUGAGAGUAAACUUAGGAUAACUAAAUGUAAGGAGGAGCGGGAGACUAGUAAGACCCAGCAACCCUCUGGCCCAGGAGGAAAGUCAUGUCCUAGAUAGGAACUUAGUACGUUGAUGAUUUGGUGUGGACCGUGUGGUGUGAGUAUAAAGAGAGAUCAGUUUACAUUUUAUUUGUUUCAAUUGGCCUAUAGGCCUAUGUGCACAGAUUGGGUCUGUAUGCUCACGAGUAUAGUCUAUUCUAUAGCCUACAUCUAACUCAUUGUUUUACUACCCAAACCAUUUCUGCGUACUUUGGACAAAAGUCAAUUCUAUUCCAGUCUGUAUUUGAAUAAUAAAAUAAAGGCCUAACCUGGACCAUUUUGAAAUUAGGCUAUACCAGACACUGAAAGCAAGGCUGUUACUCAAGCCUGCUCUGAUCAGUGUCAGCAAAUAUCUGUUAACUCUGUAGGCUGGACUCGAUGACUAAAGUGAGGCUUCAAAUGGACAUGGUGGUCAUAUCCUACUUAUCACCGCCACGCCUGCCUUAUUGUCACAGCAGUGUAUUUCAGUAAAUCAUGCAAUGGUGUCUCUGUGUGAAACUACACCUUGAAAGCUGGCAAGAGGGAAAAGUAUCUGUUUCUUGUUGUCUGUGUUCUCUAGUUACAUUUAGGUCUAGCUAUUCCAGUUGUAAUAUAGUUUGAGAUUUGUAUUGGUUGUUGGUUAAAUAUUUGUAAUCUCCUAUGCAAGCAUAUUGCAUGCUGUUGAGGACUGUUGAGAGAUGAAAUUGACUCUGUCUUCACUGAUAAAUAGCAGACUGUUUAAGAUUAUUUUGAUGUAAACACUUCUGUCUCCAUGCACAGGAAUGACUAACUCGAUUUCGAAAUGUCCUUGACAUAGUGUUGUAUGUUGAUGUUGAAUCCACCCUGCGUAAUGAAAGCCAACGGAUUGCCCAUGUCCAGUCCAGCAAGUUGGGACCUACUGAAUCGCCCUCCCCCAACCUGUUACAUCACAAUAGUUGCAUCACUCUCAACUUUUCCCAGACCAUAGAGACAAAACAGUGAAGCUCAGUGUACACACUACACUCACAUGGAAAUGUCAUACCUAUAUUGAAAUGCUGUUCACAGAGAAACUUGCUGUUAUUGAUUGCUGUCCCAUAUAUUAACUGCCAUAUAAUUUGUUUACCACAGAGCACACCCACCUUAUCCCUGACACGCCUCACAAACUUUACACCCUAGCAGUCCUAUCUCCAGCAUACAGUCGGUAGGCCUAUGCCGAUGUGGUCAAUCUAAUAAAAACAUGAUCUGGCCCUCUUGACUCUCUCAGCAGACACUAGGUCCUUCAUGUCACCCGCAAUAACAGCCAACCCAGUCACCCAACCACAACAUUCUUAACUCAUCAGAGUGUUACAGCAGAGCAGCCUACGGUGUGUCAUGGUUUGUGGGUGAACGGUGGUGUGACUGUUUGACGAGUUCAGACAAACGCAGCUCUCAGACAUUGUCAUAGGAUAACAACAGCUGAUUGGCCCUGCGGAUAACCGUGUUAUCUCCACUGUCAAGACAAACGUACAGAAACACACAAGGAAAUGCCAUAAUUAGCGUCUGAAACCUACAAAUUGAAUUACUCGAGUUAGAACAUGAGGGAAGUGACUCGCUCGGGCUAUACAAGUUAUAAAUAUAAAAUGUGUAAAACAGGUUCCUGAAACUCGCAAUGUUACCUCUACCAUGAAAAAGGAAUUAUCCAAAUUCCCAAACUAGCAGUCGCGGUUGUUAAUGCCAUUUUAUUCCACUGUACUUUUCCCCCAGACAAAAAGCUUUGAUCCCUGAUUGCUAUAGUCUUGUGUGUGGGGGUGUCUAGGAAUGGAAUGCUCACCACCCAGGAACCCUCUACCUGUCACAUACUGCGUGAGGAUGGUGAGUUGGAAGAGGGGGAGCUGGAGGAUGAUGGUGGAGAGGUGGAGGUGGCAGAGGAGCCCAGCGCCGGAGGAGGAGGAGAAGAUGAAGGUGAAGGAACAGCAGCAGCAGAGGCGGUCCCCCCAGAGAAAACUCACCGCAGCAAAGAGCGCCAUGCCAGCGGCGAUGAGAAGGAUGACGAGAAGGCCCGCCGCCACAAGAGGAAGAGGAGAAAAGAGAGGGAGCGGGAGAAGGAGAAGAGGAGAGCCAAGAAGAGACGCAAAUCCAAGCACAAACGCCAUGCCUCCUCCAGUGAUGACCACUCAGACUUUAGCGAUGACUCUGACUACAGCCCAGGUGAGAAGAGGAAGUAUCGGGACUAUAGCCCUACGUACACCCCUUCUUCCCUUGGAGGUUACCCACCAGCCCCGUCCUCCGGCCACGGGGGCCCCAUGUCUAAGAAGGGCAGCUACGUAAAGAUGGACAAGCAAGGCUACGGGGGCUACGGCGAUUAUGAAGAGGAGAACUACGAGGGAGAGGAGGACGAGGAGAUGGGUGAUGAAGACUACGAUGACUUUACCAAGGAGCUCAACCAGUAUCGCAAGGCCAAAGAGGGAGGCAGCGGCGAUGGAGGUGGAAGGGGCAACAGUCGCGGGGGCAGAGGUAGCAAAAAUGGGGUCAGAGGAGGUAAAGGUCGUAUGAAGAACCAACGAGGUCGAGGAGGCAUGAGAGGAGGAGGGCGUGGAGGUAGAGGAAGAGGAGGGAGCAGGGGUCGGGGGCGAGGGGGCAAGAUAGGUGGAGACAACGAGGAUGGAGAAGGGAUGAUGUACGGAGGAGGGGGAGGAGGAGGAGGAGGAGGAGACGAGAUGGAGUAUGGAGAUGAUGACUAUGACCACAUGGGUGAAGAUGACUAUGAUGAAUACUCUCAGUACAGGAAGUCCAAAGACCGUGGAAGGGGUGGCAAAGGUGGGCGGGGAAGGGGCCGUGGGAAACAAGGGCGUGGUAUGAACCGUGGAGGCCGAGGGCGGAACCGAGGGAGGGGCCGAGGGGGUGGAGACCAGGGUCACGAAGAGGACAACAAUGGAGACAUGGGGGACAUGGGGGAUGGAGGAGGAGGCCAGCACAACAAGCACCAGGGGGACAAGCACCAAGACAAGAAAGGGAAAGCUAUCUGCAAGUACUACAUGGAGGGCCGCUGUACUUGGGGGGAACACUGCAACUUCAGCCACGAUAUUGAGCUGCCCAAGAAGAAAGAACUCUGCAAGUUCUACAUCACCGGCUUCUGCGCGCGGGCUGAAAACUGCCCCUACAUGCAUGGUGAUUUCCCCUGCAAGCUGUUCCACACCACCGGUAGCUGCGUGAAUGGAGACGAAUGCAUGUUCUCCCACGAGCCUCUUACCGACGACACCCAAGACCUGCUAAACAAGAUGCUUGCGGAGGAUGCCGAGGCUGGAGCUGAGGAUGAGAAGGAGGUGGAGGAGCUAAAGAAGCAGGGGAUCAACCCCCUUCCCAAGCCUCCUCCAGGGGUGGGCCUGCUCCCGACACCGCCCAGACCAGGGCCGCCUGACAACUCUGGCUCUGGGGACUUUGGACCUCCUGGGCCACCACAGGGCCCCAUGUCCCCCAACGGCCUCCCCGGCCCAGGGCCUACCCAAGGGCCCGGUCCCUGUCCUGGCCCCCCUCCCCCCUACCCAGAAAGUGGCCCCUACCAAGGCCCUCCCAACCCCAAUGGUCCCCCACCACCAUCCAUGGGCCCCCCACCCCCCUGCUCCGGCAACGGUGGGAAGAAGAUCCCCUCACUGUUUGAGAUCAAGGUGCAGCCCACGGGACAGCUAGCUCAGAAACUAGCUAAUCACAGAGGUCAGACCCCAGGAACUGCCACAGGCCAAGCUGGCGCAACUGGCCCCCAAGGGCUCCCCGGUGGGCCUGGUGGGCCUCCGCCUCGGUUCCCCCCACCUGGCAUGAUGCCCCCAGACAUGUCAAUGGGUCCUCCCCCGCCCAUGGGCCCCGGAGGACCCCCCAUGAUGCCAGGCUUUGGCUCAGAAGGGGGGCCCAUGAUGCCACCCGGACCUCCUCCAGGGGGUAACUUCUUUGACAGCUUCUUCAACCAGCAGCAAGACAUGAAUAUGGACGGGGUGGAGGAGGAAGGUGAUGACUUCCAGGGCUUUGGAGGGAUGGACGAGAAAGAAGGAAGAGGAUCGGGAGGAAACCAGAGCUCCAUGGGAGGCCCGGACGUCCCUGCUAACGGAGGCUCAGCCAGUCAGCAGGCGGGGAUGGGCAUGCCCGACUUCCUGCCGCCGGCCCAGCGCAUGCUGUUCCUGAGAAUCCAGCAGAAACAGCAGGAGGACGAGGAGAGGGCCAGACUAGCCAAGGGGGGAGGAGAGAGGGAUGUGGACGGUGACUCAGCUAACUGGUACUCCAGUGAGGAUGAGGAUGGAGGCGGCAGUGUCACAUCCAUUUUGAAGACGCUCCGCCAGCAGAGCCAGGGGCCCCCCAAACCUGAGGGCCCCCCCAGCGACCCCCGCCUCCAGAAAGGCUCCCCAGCGCACCCCCCCAUCCGACCGGCGGACCCCCGCCAGGGGGACCCCCGGCUGGCUCGUGAUCCCCGCCUCUCCCGGGCCACAGACUCUGCCCAGGCCUUGGACUCUCCCAACCCCUCCUCGGCAUCCACCGUCACCCCUGCAGACCCCCGCCUGGCCCGGCUUGCUACCGUCACCCUCACCCCUAAACCAGACGCCCCCCUGGUGUACAAGCCCCCGCCCCUCACGGCUCCCCCUGCAGAAGAGGAGGAGACGGAGAGGGUUUUGAGGGACAAGCCUGUGCCCAUCCCCCUGGACCCCCUGAUGGGCAUGGCCCUGAGGGACCCGCGCUCCCAGCUGAAGCAAUUCAGCCACAUCAAGAAGGACAUUCUCCUGCACAUGCCCCCGUACGCUAAGACAGUGACAUGGAACCCUGAGGACCUCAUCCCCAUCCCAAUCCCUAAACAGGACCUCCUCCCCCUCCCCCCAGGCAUCCCCCCUGUUUCAGCCAUGGACCCCCGCCUCUCACGCAGCCAGCAGCGGAUCCACACGGCGGCCCUCCCCACUACCCCACCCAUCCCCCCUCCCUCCUUAGAACCCCCCGCCCCAGCCUCCUCCUCCCUCCCAGACUUUGAGCUGCUCUCUCGCAUCCUCAAGACUGUUAACGCCUCAUCCGGCCCCUCGCAGUCAUCCCCUCCUCUCCCCCUCGUCCCUCCAACAACCCUCUUGCCGGCGCCUCCUGCUUUGUUGCCCACCCCUGUCGACAAGCCUGCCGAUCCUCGAAUGGCCCGCAAAGCCCCCGCUGACCCACGGCUCCAGCCGCAGAAAUCUGCCCUGAAGCAGCCUUCAGAGUCCCCUGUCCCCCCUCUGACGGUCUCCCCGGUAGCCCCUCCACCCACCUCCGGUUCCUCCUCCCCAACCAUCGCCCCCUACGACCCUCGGCUACUGUCUGCAGGUGGGGUGGGCCGUGGAGGGGGAGCGGGUGCAGUUGGUGGCAGCAGUGUGCUGAGUGGGAUCAGUCUAUAUGACCCCCGGACUCCUAGUGCAGGUAAACUUGAGGGCCCUGGUGCCACCACAAACACAACCCCCAGCAGCGGCCCCACAGAGCCCAAACCCAUUGAGGCAGCACCAGCCAAGCCCAAGGCCAAGGAGCCCCUAUUUGUCCGUAAGUCUGCCCUGGACCAGCCGGAGCCAGAGAAGAGUAGCGAGCAGUCCACUGACCGCUACAACAGCUAUAACCGGCCCAGGCCCAAGCCUGCACCCUCGCCGUCCACCGGAGGUCCUGCUGCCUCUGGCUCCUCCACGGCCGGACAGGGUCCCCCUGGUGCUGCUGAGCAGGCCCCGGCGGGUGUCCACAACCUGCCUGUGUCCUCACUCUUCACCAUGGUGAAACAGGCCAGCAAGCCCAGCGGCUCCGGCAGCCCCUUUGGUGGGAACAGCCCUGCCCAGCCUGGCGACACCACCACCACCACGGAGCAGGACAAUGCUUCUCUGAAGGAGGUUUUCAAAGGCUUUGACCCCACGGCAUCACCCUUCUGCCAGUGAUAUCUGCACCUAUCCACCUGGCUGGUCGAAUAUUGUUUUAGACACGAACACUGAACACAUCAGCAAGGAGCGCACUGAGGCGGGAGCCGGACUGGCCACAGACGGUGAACGUUUGAACGUGUUGGCCAGGCGUCACACCUGCAGUGUUUGCUAAUGAGAUUCUAUAACAAACUUUGGGGCCGGGGAGGGAGGGGGUGUGGGAGGCAGGGAUAUGUUGUAGUCUGGGAAAGAGAGACCUCUAUUUUAAAACAAACAGAUGUAUAAAUAAAUGUAUUCCCUUUAUGAGAGUUCCUCCCUGCUUUAAGAGAAAACAAUUGUUGGACAACAGUAACAUAAGCGUCCACAGAUUUAAAUGGGCUGUACUUCCUCAUUUAUGAUCCUCCUAGUCCUGUUCAUUUUCCUUUGCAUUUGUUUGUAACUCCAGUCUCCAAACUCUCCCUUUAUCAACCGUUCUGUCCCAUCCCACCAACCCUUUCAGGUCACUGACUUCCACUGUCGCCGUGGGAAGAAUUCUUGUCAAUCAUUGUAUCUUUUCUAGUUCAAUCGCAGGCUAAGAUAACACAUAGAGAACAUUUACUGCCAAUCCCUCUGCCUGUAGCGUUAUAACAGUACAGUAUAUUAUAUAUGAAUACAACUCUUUUGUUUGCUUGAUUUGAAGUAAUUUCUUUGUGCUUUUCUGUCUGUUAUCUGUCGGCUGUCUCUUCUUUUUUAAUAUUUGAGCCCUCUGUUCUUUCAGCACUGUGUUCUCUCUAGCCUCUUCUGUCUGUUUGUUUGUUGUGUGUCGGGGUGAUGCCUAUGACUAUGUUGGCCAUGUUGGUCCCACCACCCCACACACCCCUGCUUGAGGUUCCACUCACCUCUCUGCCACUGAGUCAGAACUGUAUAAUUGAAAACCACAACGGUCAUGAGUGUCCGUCUGUCAUGUGUGAGUUAUGAUCAUUUUAAUUUAUUUUUUUUAUACUUAUAUCUGCCUGUCUCCUCCCUAUGUCACAUGACAGUUAAAUCAAAUCAUUUGGUGAGAGAGACUUCCCGCCUGCAUUUAAGUGCGAUGCAGCCUGUAACCGUGAGAGGAGAAACAGACACUGACAUUCUUGUUUUGUUGAAGUUUCAAACAAAUAAAAUAAACUCACAAUUCUGUAGAGGUAUGAAAAGUCUGGGGUGACCUGGCUACAAAAGUGUCUUUUUUUUGUUUUCCCUUUGCAAAAAGUGACUGCUUUGUAAAUUGAACAGUGUCCUGUUUGAUGAGAGGUACCAUUUUGUAACCAUUCACUGUAGGGGAGGUUGUUAAGUAUUUAAUAAAGGCGAUAUGUGAUCAACCAGUAA